GAUAAGAUGUAGAAACCUACGACUGAACAUGACUUAGUGUUCCUGAAUUUUUCAUAUUUUGAAGUGAACUAGCUGUUUAAAUAGGUGGAGUCUUUGGCCGCAAGCCAUUGCAAAUGACGACGGUACUGAGCCAGAUAGCAUUUGCGAGCCUACUGUCCGAUUCAGUAACGUUAGAUCAAGGUAUCGCUAGUCAACAGUAGCUCGCUGUUCAGCUAGCUACGAUAGCUGUUAUUACAAGCUUCUAAAAAUGUCAGAUUCGGACGGAGACUCGGACAUCGAUGAAGUUCCGGAGGAGGCCCCACACAGGGCAAAUAGGGCCUAUGAAAAACAAAUAGCAGCUCCAGUAAGUUCUUUUGACAUUUUCGAGCGAUGGAUGCAGAUCCCAGUGUCAUUGAAAAAGAAAGCGGGCCAUUUGAUGCACAUGGGUGUGUUCUGGUGGAGCAUUCUGCUUCGGCAACAGGAGAAAACCAGCGUCACACACUGGGCUAUACAAGUGGGGUUCCUGGAUUCCCAUUUGACCAGUGACUUGAGUUUGAAGAGACUCUUUAAACUAGAAAUCUUGGAAUCUCUUCUCAGAGCUUUGGAGAAAGGAUGUUUAUCUGAUGACUUAACAAAGUGUAUGGUUACUCUGGGUGCCCGGUUUGACAUGGGUCCAUCUGGUCACCAGGCAGACUGUAUGGAGAGAGCUUUACACUGGCUGGAAAGGACAGGGGAGCCUGGGAUCCUCCUGCAGGUCCAGCGGCUGGGAAGCCCGCGGAUGCGCUUUCUUACCCUCUCAUAUUUGUUCACUGAAUAUGCCCAUUAUGUAAAUGCCAUGGCAUACGAUAAAGAUGACACUAUUAACCGGUUGACCACUGCAAACUGCAAGUGUUGUGUAAAGAAAAGUGAAGAAAUGAAAACUAAGGGAAAUGAUUUGUUUCGGAGAAAAAAAUUCAACGCUGCUGUAAAAUACUACACCAAAGCAAUCCAAUACCACCCAGACAACCACCUUCUCUAUGGAAAUAGAGCUCUUUGCUUCAUUAACAGUGAAAAAUACCAGAAAGCCAUCGGUGAUGGAAAACGUGCCACAAUAAUAAAACCGGACUGGGCAAAGGGUCACUAUCACUUCUGCGAUGCCCUCUUCGCUCUGGGCGAGCACAGGCCGGCCCUGGAGGCCAACGAGAGAGCCCAGGGGCUGUGCUGCGGUGACUCGGAAGGCAUCCGGGUCCUGCAGCAGCAGAGGGACCGGUUCCUGAAGGACAUUGAAGAGAGCAGAGGUGCUGCAAGGCGGAAAAAAAGUGGUGCAAAGAAAGACUUGAGUAAAAGGGUGGAUUCUGUUCCCAGAACGGGUGCGGAGAGUCCACUCACUACAGACCCCACUAGCAGGACAGUGCAUUCUAGGGACAGCUCUGCCCCAGAAAGGAAGGAACCAGAAGAUAGGAGUGGCUCUGGAAGUUGUCCAGUCUCAGUUGAAGGAGGAAUACAGACAGAGGGAAAUUCUGAAGAGGUCAAAGAAAUAAACAGUGAAAUGCCGGUGAAGAAGACCCGCAAAACGGAGGCGAGCACGCCUGAAAAAUCUAGGCCGACGGCUAAGCAUCCACCGCCGCCAAAGAUGGUGGUCAGCACAGAUGGUGGUGAUCUGAAGACCAAGCUGAAAUGUGCUGUAGAGGAUGCCCAUACCGCCCUGUAUGACCAGCGCUGUCGCAAUGCUGAACAGGCCUUCUCUCAAGCGCUUUGCCUGCUUGAUUCCACUACGCCAAAGGAGCUGGGCAUCUCUGAACUUGAUGUUGUUGUUCUGAAAUAUGGACAUGCCAUUGCUCUUUUGGAAACCGGGCAACCUGAGGAACUGAUUCAGGCUAAGGAGGAAUUUGACAAGAUUCAGGAAAUAGCUGACAGGAGCUUUCAGUGUUUGGUUUUCUUUGGAAUUGGCAAGGUGUGCCUAAAGGAGAACAGGUUUUCAGCAGCCCUCGAAGAGUUCGCUAAUUCUCUUAAGAUGAUUAACCUUCAAAUCACACCAGGGAAAUUGACAUGGCCCACAACAACAGUUAUUGUUGAAGAAACUCGGACUGAAUAUUUUAAGGAUCUUCUGGAGAAAUUUGUAGAGAUGUGCAAGUUUCCACCCAAGCCAGAUGCCGUUUGCCACCAUGAAAAUUGCCAGGGACAUUCAAAAACUCAAAUCUACUUCACAGACCCAGAUUUUAAGGGAUUCAUCAGAAUGAUUUGUUGUCAAAGAUGUAAUGUGGAGUUUCACAUCAGCUGCUGGAAGAAAAUGAAAGCAGCUGUGUUUAGUGAUAAGAAUGAUAAGGAUUUUCUACAAGAAAUGUGUUUUACUCCAGAUUGCGGUGGUAAAAUUUGCCAUAUAGUAAUCUUUGGUUCAACUGGACUGAUCAAGUGUGAGUUUGAGUCUUCUAUUAAAAAAAACACAGUAACUGCGAAGCCCAGAGUCAAACAGAUAUGUACAAGUCUCAAGAAGUUGAAAUCUAAGGAAGAUCGAAAGAUAAGAAGAAAACAACACAGGCAAAUGAAAUCUCAAACAAGGCAAGAGAAAUCUGAAUUGGUAGCCUUGGAAAAGAGUUCCACGUCAGGAGUAGAACUUCAAGAAAAUGCUUCCCAAUCCUGGCUGAUUUAUGGGGACCGAGUUCUGCAUCAAAUAUUUGAGAACAAGGAACUUCUUAAAGAGGAUACCCAUGAUAUUUCUGAUUUCAUGAAAUGCAUCCAUCCUUGGAGGGAACGGCAGAAGGGAAAAGCAGAUUCUGUGCAGUGUCUGAAGGAGCCGGGAAGUAUGGGAGACUUGGCGGACUUGCUGCUGGAGCAGAAAAACCGAGUGUGGGCAAGAAUUUUCGUACAGUAUCUGAGCUCCCUGGACAUCAGCCCAAAACUGCACAGCUGGGCUCAUAGACAGGACAGUGCAGGUCUGCGAGCGGCCGAGACGUUUAUCGAGCGCUACGCUAACCACCUGGAAGAGCUGGACCUGGCCCCGCUGCUGGCCUUCGGGCCCAUGCAGGACGCCUUCAUCGAGAAGUUUGGGACCGUGCCGGAGAUCUUCAGCGAGGGCAUCACUGUAACGGAUUACUUAAAACAGGCCCCUCCUCGCGAGAUGCGCCUUUUCAUCUGGACCCUGGAGGAGCAUCGAGAGCUUUACCCAUCUUUUCAGCACGCUUUGAAUGAGUAUUUUGAGAUAAUGGAUGGUAUUUGUUUAGUGAUUAAGAAGACUGAGCAUGAAAAUCAGAUUAAUUCUGCUGUUAGGAGUAAAAACAAAAGUCGAAAAAAGAAACAAAAAGAGCCAAAGCAGUCUGUUAUUGUCCUGGGAACGAGGGGUGGGGCUUUAAGAGAGGAAGAUGAUGUGUUAUCAGAUGAAGAUUCACUAAACCUGUUUGACAUCAGUGGUCCCUUUAUUGUUCCCGAACGCCUUCGAAAUCAGGUCGCCGAAUUCGAAGGGCGAUACAGCAACAUUGUUCCUGGCAGCCUUCACAGGAGAAUUUUGGACAACAAUCCAGAUUCGAUAAAAGAGAGUUUAUAUGACUACUUUGAGCAGAUCCUGGAGGCGCAUGGGCCCAUGGAGGCCCACGACCAGCUGCUGGUGGGAGAGCUGGAGAACUUCCCCGCCGAGGCCCAGCUGAAGAUCCAGGAGGCCGGGGGACUGCAGCCCUUCCUCCUGGAGCGCUUCGUGAUGACCGGAGGCCUGAUCGGGCUCGUGAAGCCCGCUGUCUCACUGCAGGACGUGACGGAACACUUCGACCACCUCUUCAUCUGCUCGGGGGAUGCCUCCCCCACCAGGAGAACCUCCCUCAACCCCUCUGCCAAAGAGUUUCAGCCUCUCUCUCAGAAUCCCGUCCAGGGUAACGGUGACGCCAGCGCUGCUUUUGAAUGUACAAUACCGCUCGGUAUGGAUGUGACAAUGGACGAAACCCAGCAAGACCAUUUCGGCCUUGCACCCGACCCUGUGUUUCCAGCCUGUUUUCCGGACUUGUAUUCCACGUGUCUCGACCCUUCAAUAUUUGGCGCUCCAAUCGUGGACUUUGCUCCUGAUUCGAGUGAGCCAUACAGUGGUGAAGGAACAGUUUUCCCAGAGCAGUACUUGGACAUUUUCUCAUCUGAAAACGAUGGGGCCGAGUCCGCUAUUGAAAUGGAGGAUGCUGCUCCGUUUAGCAGUGUCACUGAAUCCCUGCCACCGCCGGGGUUUGGCCUGCACGCCAGGGUGACUGCAGAUAAGAUGGUUGAUACCCAGGCACGUCCUGAUCACAGAGAUGACGUUGCUGUUAACACCGAACCUUAUAAACCAUUCGAAACAAAUAAAGGGGACAUGAUUAAAAAAGAAAAGGAUAAUGUGGAGUUUGAAAAACAAAUACAACAAAUGAUGGAAGAUUAUAAGGAAGAAGAGCAAAGAAGGAAAGAAGAGAUUUCUGCCCUUGAAGCUGAGCUGGAGUCAAUUCGUGUCAACACAGAGAUCACUAAUAAAGAACUGGAGCUGUUCCAGCAGAAGUUGGAGGACGAGGUGAAGAAAGAUCAACAGGAAAAAAAGGAAAACCAAGAAACUCUAAAGGCCUUGAAAUCAGAAAUGAAGGAGUUGUCUGAAUCUCAUGAGACCAUUUCCAGGAGUGUCAGGGAGAAGAAAAAGGAGUAUGAGAAGCGUCUCAGUGACUUCUUGGAGAGAAGCAACCAGUGGGCUGAUGAGAAGAUGAGCCUGGAGAGCGAGAUAAAGAGGUACAGGGACCUGCGUGCUGAGGCUGUCCGGAGAUCACAGGCCGCUGAGAUAUCCAUCCUGGAGAACCGGCGUCAGAGGGGACUGCGAGGCCUGAACAAAUGUGUGUCGGACGGGGAGGUCAUCCUGGCAAAGAUACAGGACAUGGUGGCCAGUUUCCCCUCGUCUGGAUUUCAGUCUGCCGCUGAGAACUGGCAGGCUUUUGUCCGGGACGCCAAAGAAAAAGUCCUCCAGGCCGAGGCCCAGUACAAGGAGCAGAUGGAGCUGCUGAAGAAGGGGUCCAGGCUGUGUGCUCUUCCACGGGUGACCGUUCCCAGUGCCUCCCCUCCUCCAGCCCUGCCGGCCAUGCCGAUGGCGCCGAUCAUCAGCGACCCCUCCGUGGUGCAGGUGGUCUACCCAGCGGGCCUCGCCCACCAGCACUUUCCACCCGCGAGGCACCAGCUGAGGGGGCCCUCGCCAGCGCCCCCCGUCCUGCCAGAGGCCUCCCUGGGGAAGCCCGGCCAGCAGCCGGACCGAGGGGCGCAGGUCUCCCCCCCGGCACCGCAGGCCCACGGCGCGGCGGCGGCGGUCAGACCGGCCGCGCCCCCCCCGCCGUUCAAAGGCCCCCGAGCCGCCCAGCCGCACAGCAACGUGUUCGAGAAGAUCAUCGACCGACUCAGCUGCAUGUUCCCUCACUACAGCAGACCUACUCUGACAAAAUUUAUCCAAGAGGUGCGCUGCGCCAAUGGAGGAUAUCUGAACUCUCUGUCCUAUGAAGAAGUUAUCAACAGAGUGGCUCAGGUCAUCUUGGACCAUCAGGACAGCGCCCGAGAGCACAUGAGCUCCGCCCACAGGGCUGACCCCGGGGCCUUCGGGGCUCAGGUGUGCCAGACCCCGCCCCCGCGGUCGGACUCCCCCGCAGCCACCCGCGCCUCCGGCACCCCGCCUCCCUCGCACGUCUGGAAGAGCGUGGGGACCCACAACUCCAAAUGGGGAACGUCCAAAGCGUUGAAUUUGGAAGAUCCUUGUAUCAUCUGCCAUGAAGAGAUGACUCGGGAUGAGCUGUGUGUGCUGGAGUGUCGGCACAGUUUCCACACAGAGUGUAUCAGGUCCUGGCUGAGGGAGCAGAGCACCUGCCCCACCUGCAGGGAGCACGCUCUCCUGCCGGAGGACUUCCCUCUGCUGCCAGGCCGCAUCCGAAGAGGCCACACCCCCGCCCCGCCCUCCUCCUGAGCCCCGCCUCCAGUACGGGAACGGGGAACGGGCUGUGCCAAUAGGGGGUGAGGCGUGGGGUGCUGCUGCAGUCAAACCCUGCUUCUCCAGAAAGUUACAUUCAUUAUAGCCAUCAGUAAUUAGCCAGUCUCCUUUAUUCACCUGUUUAAUUUUGAUCAUGCCCAGUAUUUAUUUUAUUUAAUAUCACUAUAUGCCAUUGUUUUAUUCUAAAGUGAACUUUAGAAAGUUUUUUAAUUUUGAUUUCCUUGUAACUAGUGGGCAGUUGUUCAUAGUAUUUGAGCACUAUUAUGCGUUAUUUUAUAGACCUUACAUCACUGCUCUGCGUAUUGUUUGAAUGCUGUACUUAAUGUGCGUAGAAAUGUUCAAAACUGAAUGUAGAUUAGUGUACCAAGACAUACAAGUUGCAUUGCGAAAUUUAGUUUAAACCAAUUAUGUUUGUUAUUGCAUGUUAAGACUGGUUCAGCCACCUUUUCAAUAUUUUGGCUUGUAUUGUCUUAAGUAAAUAAAGUUUGCUUAGGUGUUGAAGUGGUCUUGUUAGCACCAGUAUUUAAUUGAAUGGACCAACAUCUAUCGUUGGUGAUUUCAGAACUCUUUUAAUCUGUUAAUAUGCAAUGGUGUUUUAAAUUAAAUUAUCUUUUAAACUGUU